AACCACCGACCACUUGGUAGAUUCCCAAGAUAAUCGGAACGCCACCUCUCUAAUUCUCCAUUACCACUCUCCCCGGAAUCUUGCAACUGUGAAAUAUUACCUCCUCUCUUCAGCUAUAAACCUCCGUAUUUUGUCCAUUUCUUCAAUAAUUUGAUCUUUUCAAUCCACCACAUAAAAUUCCAGUUUAAUUUGUAAAAGAUGGAGAUUGGUAAAAUCCUUGGGGAGUCAAAAUCUGUGUCUGUGCCAACAAAGAGUGCCAUCUAUGUGUGGGGUUACAACCAAAGAGGGCAGACUGGGAGGAGGGAGAAAGAGCACAAAUUAAGGAUUCCGAGGCAGCUGCCACCGGAGCUGUUCGGUUGCCCAGCUGGGGUCAGUACUAGGUGGCUAGAUGUUGCUUGUGGUUGGGAGCAUACUGCUGCUGUCGCCUCUGAUGGGUCGCUCUUUACUUGGGGAGCAAAUGAUUUUGGGCAGUUAGGGGAUGGAACUGAAGAAAGUAGGAAAUACCCUAAGAAAGUGGACCUGUUGAGCACUGAAUUUGUAAAAUCUGUAUCUUGUGGGACGAAUUGUACUGCCGCUAUUGCAGAGCCUCGUAAAAAUGACGGGACAGUAUCAACUGGUAGACUAUGGGUGUGGGGCCAAAAUCAGGGCUCAAAUUAUCCUCGUCUAUUUUGGGGAGCCUUUGCACCAAACACGGUUAUCCGCCAAGUUUCAUGUGGAUCUGUUCAUGUAGUGGCCCUGUCAGAGGAUGGUCUUCUUCAAUCGUGGGGGUACAAUGAAUAUGGUCAACUUGGUAGAGGGUUUACCUGUGAAGGACUGCAGAGGCCAGGUGUUCUAAAAGCAUAUGCAAAACACCUUGAUGAAGCCCCUGAGGAAGUGAACAUCACCCAAGUGUCAUGUGGGGAGUACCACACUGCUGCUGUAUCUGAGACUGGCGACGUGUAUACUUGGGGUCUAGGGAACAUGUAUCAACUAGGCCAUUGUUCCCUGCAAUCUGAAGAUAAGGAAUUAUUACCUAGACGAGUGGUUGCUCUUGAUGGUGUUCACAUUACUAGUGUUGCUUGCGGAGGUGUCCAUACAUGUGCAGUGACUAUAAAAGGAGCUCUCUAUGCCUGGGGUGGUGGACAAGUUGGUCAGCUUGGCCUUGGACCACAAACUAGUUCAGCAUCUUUUAUAUUCAAGGACUCUCAGUUGAUGCUACGGAAUAUCCCGGCUAUGGUUAUCCCAAGUGGUGUGCAGCUUGUUGCUUGUGGCCAUUCUCACACUCUUAUAUCUACCUCAGAUGGGAGAAUUCACGGAUGGGGGUAUAACAGCUAUGGUCAGGCGUCAAAUGACAAGUCUACAUAUGCUUGGUACCCAUCACCGGUUGAUUGGUGUGUGGGAGAAGUGAGAAAGCUUGCCGCUGGUGGUGGUCACUCAGCUGUUUUGACUGAUGCUUGUUCGUUGAAAGAUUUAUGUGAAUUCAGGCUUGCUGAAAAUGUUACUCUAGAAAAUGCAGCCCACAUUGAGGAUGUUGCAUUCAGAACCAGCUCUGAUGCUUUAGUACGUCUUUGUGGAAGAUUGAGGGAGAUGCAAUGUGGUGAUGGAUGGGAAUCUGAAGAGGAUGAGUCUUGAGGAAGAAGUUGGUGCAAGAGAGCCCGGCUUCCUAUGUCAUUGUAUCGAUUUUGGGAGAUUGAUAUUGGGACAGCUGCCGUUAUUAGGAAGGUUUCAGCUGUUUGAUCUCUCUUCCAAUGUAGCUUUAUUUAUUUAUGUAUAAACCUUAAUGUAAUGUAUCAUUUGUACUAGUAAGCAUAAAUGCAUAAUGUAAUAUGCUUGCGUAGAUACUUUAUUGACACUGAUUAUCAUCAUUUGAUGUAAUAAGGAGUAUUCGAGUAACGUGAUCCCAAUAUAUGAAUUGCAUAAUCAAGUUAAUAGAAAUCUUUUCCAAUA